CAUAAAAUAACAUAAAAUGGAAAAUUGGAAAGCCUUAACAGAAACAGUUGCAGAAGCUUAGAAUUGUAGUCGACUAUGGGGGAAAAUUUGAUGUUAGAUGGAGAAGGAAAGACAUGGGGUGACACAAUUUCAGACAAGGUUUUCGCUAUCUUCAAUUCUCUUCCUAAAAAGGGAAAACCUCAAGGCCGCGAAGUUUCCGUUUUAGCUGCUUUUCUUCUAUCAUCUCCUUCUCAAGAUUUAGAGGUCGUUUCUUUGGGAACGGGUACUAAAUGUUUACCUAGAUCGAAUCGGAGUUUAUAUGGUGAUGUUGUCAAUGAUUCUCAUGCUGAAAUUAUUGCUCGACGAGCUUUGUUAAGAUUCUUCUAUUCACAGAUUCAUUCUUAUUGCAAUUUAUUUGAGAAGGAUGAAGGUGUCAAUGCCACAAAGUUACCUAUUUAUUUGGAGACUAAUGGGUCUGGUGAAGUACGGUACAGAAUUAAGGAGGGUUGGCGUUUACAUAUGUAUAUUUCGCAGUUGCCAUGUGGGGAUGCUUCACUUAGUUUGCCACAAUCCUUAAGAAAUGUUCCCUUUGGAGAGGAGGUCGUAGCAUCAUCAACAGAUGCAUUUCAGCCUGCUGGACAAACAUCUUCUGAGGCUUCAAUGAAGAGCAAUGGUGACUGCCUAAUAGUAACUGGCUUAGUCCAAAGGAAACCUGGCCGUGGUGCGACUACUUCUUCUGUUAGCUGUUCAGACAAAAUAGCACGCUGGAACGUUGUUGGAAUUCAAGGUGCUCUGCUUUCUUACCUGCUCGAACCUGUUUACAUCUCUUCAAUCACCAUUGGGCAAUCAUGCAAUAUCUCUCAAAAUCUCUCCUUGAAGGAUAACUUGAGGAGGGCUUUGUACGAUAGGCUACUACCAUUGUCGAAUACGUCAGUUGGUCCUUUUUUGGUGAAUGAGCCUUUAUUUUUCGAAGCUCCUGUCCCACCAAAGGAAUUUCAGCAUAAUGGUUCUGCUCAGACUACAUUAACAUGCGGGUACUCUAUAUGCUGGAAUAAGCAUGAAUUGCAUGAGGUCAUCCUCGGGACGACUGGAAGGAAACAAGGAACGUCUUCAAAAGGAGCAUUAUUUCCGUCCACACAGUCAUCCUUGUGCAAGAAGAGGCUGUUGGAGUGUUUUUUGUCCUCAAGACACAAUAAGUUGGCUGAAUGGAAAGACAAUGGGAUUUCUUAUAGAGAACUUAAGGAAAAUGCUCAAGAGUACUAUCAAAUGUCUAAGAUCUUGAAGGGAAGCCCAUGUUUUUGCAAUUGGCUCAUGAAACCUGUUGAUUCUGAUAUGUUUUUGAUCAGCCAGUAGCAAGAAUGGAAAACGUGAAGCAGAUUCAAGAAAAUGCAAGGACCUUCUUUUAACAAAAGUGUUAAAUGUUGUGACCCAAAGUAAAAUUCAACGUCAUUUAAACAAAAAAAGUUCACUGGCACAUGCAAUACGUCUGCCAACAUACA